CUUUGCUCAGCUGGUUUCGCGGCGAGAGAGUGAGGAGAUGUAGUUGUCGUUCGUUCGCAAGUUUGGCCCAACCAAAGUGGAGGAGGCUUCCUAGCCCAAGGUGUCGAGUUGGGUUGCUCAGUUCGGGUCUAGACGUGGGCAAGUGCGGUUUAGUUUUUUUGUUGUUGUUCGGUUGAAGCCUAAAACCUAGCUUCCAGAGUGUAGCCGGCUUACCUGUCCUGAAGAGGGUGGUCUUUUGGAAUUCAGUGUUUAGUGUUCAGUGUUCUGUGUGCUUUGGGAUUUGCUAAUUAACCCUAUAGCCGCAAGGGGUUAACUUAGUUAAGUGAUUUUAAGUGUUGUUGAGAAGCUGUGAGAAGGAGGAAGGUGUAUUAAAAAAGAUUGUUGUUUAGAGAAAAACCAGUUGAACUAAAUCGUAUUUGGCGUGUGCUCGGUAAUCCGUGAAGGCCAAAUUCGCGUAAAGGAGUAAUAUCGAGAUUGAAAUAGCGCCAUUCGAGGCUGUAGACUCGGAGAAGGUAAACAACAGCGCAGCGUCAAAAAUGCGCCAAGGUGGACGGAUGGAUCGGUUUUGGAUGGCGUUGACGCGCAAGAAACGCAACGAGGACGACGGAAGUGACUCGAAGCUGGCGCGUGUCCUCUCGCUGCUCGAUCUGACCGGGUUGGGUGUUGGCAGUACGCUCGGGUUGGGCGUUUACGUGCUGGCCGGAUCGGUGGCGUACGAGCAGGCUGGACCGGCGGUGGUAAUUUCGUUCCUGGUGGCCGCCGUUGCAUCGGCCAUUGCGGCCCUUUGCUACGCGGAGUUUGCCGCACGUGUUCCGAAGGCUGGUUCGGCUUACAUCUACAGUUACGUCAGUAUUGGAGAGUUUGCGGCGUUCAGCAUCGGGUGGAAUUUGAUUUUGGAGUAUGUGAUUGGAACCUCCAGCGUGGCCCGCGGAAUGAGCGGCUACAUCGAUGCGCUGAUCGACAACAAGAUGAGCAACGCGCUGCGAGAAGCCAUGGGCAUGAACGUGAGCUUCCUGUCCGACUAUCCGGAUUUCUUCUCGUUCGUCGUGGUGCUGAUUCUGGCCGCCCUGCUUGCCUACGGAGUUAAGGAGUCCACGCUGUUGAACAACAUCUUCACGGGCGUUAAUUUGUGCGUCAUUGCUAUCGUGCUGGUGGCGGGGGGUAUGAACAGUGACUCCGCGAACUGGAACAUCAAGCCGGAGGAUAUUCCGGAGGGUAUUGAUGGUGGCAGUGGAGGGUUUGCACCGUACGGCUUUGCUGGCAUCAUGGCGGGUGCGGCCAAGUGCUUCUAUGGCUUCGUUGGAUUUGAUUGUAUUGCCACGACUGGAGAGGAGGCGAAGAACCCGAGUCGGAACAUUCCGUUGGCCAUCGUGAUCUCGUUGGUUGUGAUCUUCUUGGCUUACUUUGGAAUUUCAACUGUCCUUACCAUGGCGCUGCCGUACUACCUCCAGAACCCGGAAGCUCCGUUCCCUCAUCUGUUUGAUCAGCUGGAAUGGUAUGAGAUCAAGUGGAUUGUAUCGAUUGGAGCCAUCUUUGCGCUGUGCACCAGCUUGUUGGGAGCGAUGUUCCCGCUGCCACGUGUCCUGUAUGCUAUGUCUUCGGACGGUAUCAUCUUCAAAAAGCUUCGGACGGUGCAUCCCAAGACGCAAACUCCGGUGCUGGCGACGAUCCUCGCCGGAUUGUUGGCCGCUACGAUGGCGCUGCUGUUCAACUUGCACCAGCUGAUCGAUAUGAUGUCCAUCGGAACGCUGCUGGCUUACACGAUUGUCGCGGUCAGUGUGCUUGUGCUGCGGUACCAAGAAGACACGUUGCUGCAGACUACGGAAGUCAGCGUCACACUGCCCGAUGUGUGCAAGCAGAUGUUCAACGUGGACAAGCUGAAGGAACCGAGCAAGCUGUCGUCGAGUAUCGUCAAGGGUGGAAUCUGUGUGUUUGCUGUUCUUGUCUGUGCCGUUUGCGGAAUCCUCGUGAUGGCCGACGACCAAGUGUCUGCCGGUGAUCCUGGAGUCAUCAUCACUCUUUCGGUUCUGGCCGGUGUCAUGGUUCUCCUCAUCGUCAUCACUUCCUUCCAGCCCAAGGAAAGCACUCUGCUGACCUUCAAAGUACCUCUGGUUCCAGUGCUGCCCAUGUUGAGUGUGUUCUUCAACUUGUACCUGAUGUUCCAGCUGGACUCUGGCACGUGGAUCCGGUUCGCCGUGUGGGUCGUGAUCGGCUACAUAAUCUACUUCACGUACGGAAUCCACCACUCCGUCGAGGGUGCUCUGGCCAAGGAACAGGCAGCGCUGACCGUGAACGGUAACGGCCACAAGCCUGCCAACAAGGCCGGCUUCGACAACAACGGAUUUGACUCGAGUCAUGACCGGAUCGUGUCCACCAUCCCAACGGAAAACCCGCGAAGGAGUUCCAAAAACUCGUACACCUUCAACAACGAGUAAGCUGAACGUGGAAAAAAGAAACCGAUUUAGCGAUUAAGUACAAAACGUUAGGCUGCUGCAUCGAUCGGUCCAUCGCAGAGACAUUAGAUUUUAUAUCCAGAGCUCUCUCGAAUCGCAACUUGCCGCAACGCAGGCCCAGUACUCCAGAGAUGUGGUGUUUUAGUGGAUAAGCUAGCCGGUAUUCGAUGAACAGUGUGAUGAUAUUGUAAACCUUUUAAAGUAUUCAGCUGCCGGAUCGAUUUUAUCGAAGACGACUCACGGUGUGAGUCGAAAACCCCCCCAAACUUGUGAUAAAAAGAAUUUAGUGGUAUUUUUUUUCAGUUAAACAUACACACAAAAAGUGCAACACAUUUUAAUGAUAUGAAAAGUGUUAAGUAUCGGCGGACGGAACGAUUAACUAAAUGUAUUUUAUUACAGCUGCACACACACAGGCCUGAGCCCGAUUGUGUCGAGUACGUUAUACACGAAACAUUAAAACAAACCCCAAUAAAUCAAGAUAAGCGAUUGA